AUGGCAGAGGAUGCUGUGUACCUGGAUGAUGAUAAAGAAAGAGAAGAGUAUGUCCUGAAUGACAUCGGAGUUAUAUUUUAUGGAGACUUCAAUGACAUCAAGAGUAGAAGCUGGAGCUAUGGUCAGUUUGAAGAUGGCAUCCUUGAUGCUUGCCUGUAUGUGAUGGACAGAGCAGAAAUGGACCUUUCUGGUAGAGGGAAUCCCAUCAAGGUCAGCCGUGUUGGCUCUGCAAUGGUUAAUGCCAAAGAUGAUGAAGGUGUCCUUGUUGGAUCCUGGGACAACAUCUAUGCCUAUGGUGUUCCCCCAUCAGCCUGGACCGGUAGUGUUGACAUUCUGUUGGAAUACCAGAGUACUAAGAAUCCAGUCCGGUAUGGUCAAUGCUGGGUUUUUGCUGGUGUCUUUAACACAUUUUUGCGAUGCCUUGGGAUACCAGCAAGAGUCGUUACCAAUUAUUUCUCAGCCCAUGAUAAUGAUGCCAAUUUGCAAAUGGACAUCUUCCUGGAAGAAGAUGGGAAUGUGAACUCCAAACUCACCAAGGAUUCUGUGUGGAACUACCACUGCUGGAAUGAAGCCUGGAUGACAAGGUCUGAUCUUCCUGUUGGAUUUGGAGGUUGGCAAGCUGUGGACAGCACCCCCCAGGAAAACAGUGAUGGGAUGUAUCGGUGUGGCCCAGCCUCUGUUCAAGCCAUUAAGCAUGGUCAUAUUUGCUUCCAGUUUGAUGCACCCUUUGUUUUUGCAGAGGUCAACAGUGAUCUCAUUUACAUUACCGUCAAGAAAGAUGGCACUCACGUGGUUGAAAACGUUGAUACCACCCACAUUGGGAAAUUAAUUGUGACCAAAGAAGUUGGAGGAGAUGGCAUAAAGGAUAUUACUGAUAACUACAAAUUCCAGGAAGCCCAAGAAGAAGAGAGGCUGGCCCUAGAAACUGCCCUGAUGUACGGAGCUAAAAAGUCCCUCAACACAGAAGGCAUCGUCAAACCAAGGUCUGACGUGAACAUGGAUUUUGAAGUGGAGAAAGCCGUGCUGGGAAGAGACUUCAAGCUCACUAUCACCUUCCAGAACAACAGCCCUAACCGUUACACCCUCUCAGCCUAUCUCUCAGGCAACAUUGUCUUCUACACGGGAGUCUCCAAGGCAGAAUUCAAGAAGGAGACAUUUGAAGUGAUACUGGAGCCCUUGUCUUUCAAGAAACAGGAGGUGCUGAUCAGAGCAGGCGAGUACAUGGGCCAGCUGCUAGAGCAAGGAUUCCUGCACUUCUUUGUCACAGCGCGUGUCAGUGAGACCAGGGAUGUUCUGGCCAAGCAGAAGUCCACCGUGCUGACGAUCCCCAAGCUCAUCAUCAAG